AGGACACCCAUCAACUAUCUCCUCGUCAACCUGGCCGCAGCGGAUAUGUGUUACGUAACAUUUGUUACACCAACAAUUUUUUUAAGCCACGAUGUCGACCAUCCAAAGGGGAUCGCUGGGACAGUUUUGUGCGCAGUUGUAACAGGGGGAGGUUUAGCGCAUAUUGGAGCGGAGGCCUCAUUAUUUACAGUGCUUGCCGUUGCCUUUGAAAGAUACUUCGCCGUUGUACAUCCCUAUGGAAACAGGGGAAAGCUAACGUUUCACAAAGUAAAGGUGUGUUUCUUUGAAAUGAAAUGUUAUGCAGGUAGGAAUUUGUCUCGUCCGUAUGCUGGCAGGUGUUGACGCAAACUGAUUAAGAAACAGGUAGACAUAUCGUGGGCGGAUCUGAUGGAGAGGGUUGCGGAUGGUGUCCUGGUCUCGCCUCUCUAUUCUUACUCCCAAAUGCGCUUUCCUUAUCUCAGAGACGGACUUUGUAUCUAAGACAUUUUUUCGUCUCGAAAAAAAUAACUAAUUUUUAGAUGUGUGAUUCAACUUUUUAAAUAUUCUUUUGUCUCUUUAUUUUAGGUGAUUAUUCCUGGAAUUUGGAUCCUCGCAGCAAUAAGCAAAAUCCCACGAUUCAUAAAACGGAGCCGUUUUGCGAAGGAAAAUAAGUCUAACUACUGCAUUUCUUUAUUAACUGAGGAAGGCGCAAAGGCCCUCUCUACUGUUUACACUUCAAUUAAUUCUGUUUUGCUUAUUUUUCUGGUCUUGUUAUACUCCAAGGUGGUGUACACCUUAUGGUUCAAGCACUGUGAUGAUGUACUUACACAUUAUCAACAGGUAUGUGGUAGGACAUAACUAGGUUUAGCCCUGGAAAGUGGGAUACUUAACAAUGCGGGAGGCUCCCCCUUGAUGUCCGACCCCUUAUCGUUUUAUAUACUAUUUUUGACAGAAGAGCUUCCCUUUUUGGGCGGAGCCUCCCAGUAUAGGCAAUUACGGGAAGUACCCCCCGGGGAUUUAGCUGGUCUUUAACAGGGGUUUACUCCCUCCCUUACAUAUUAAAGUUAUAAAGGUGUGUAUGGCAACAAAGGGUUAUGGUAUUUCGACCAUUAUGGUGUUUUGGGUUUCAAAUAGUGUCAAGUUUCCUGCUUCCUGAUCUUACAGUUUGGACUCUUUAGGUUCAAAUUUUUUCAUCGUACUGAACAUCUUAUUAGGCUUCAAUUCCGGCUAUCUUAAGUUGGACCCAAAAUUUAAGGUUUCACGGUCAUAACCAUCCUUGGAGAGCCAGGGGCAGUCAGUCGGGUCGGAAGGAAAGCGGGACGAAAGUUUUCAACGUACUUGAAAACUUUCGUCGCGUCUUUUCUCCCGACCCGACUGACUGCCACUGGGUCUCCAAGGAUGGGUCGUAGCAAAGGUAGACAAGACGAAGCAAUCGGUUUUAUAGGUGACUUAUAUUGUACACUUGGGUAACCUGUGGUUUACGCAUUUGUUUUGUAUACAGGGUGUGUUGAGGUUAAGGAAGCGGGCCACCUUAACGGCUGUUACCAUCAGUGCUGUUCUUGUAAUCUCUUGGGGAGCAGAAGGAAUAUUGCACCUGAUACACGAAUAUGCUGGCACCAUGAAAUUGAGUCCUUUAACAACUUCUAUCGCGCACAUGAUAAUGAUAUUUAACUCUGCCGUCAAUCCCUUUGCUUACGCUUUGUUGAACCAAAGAUUCAGGAAGAAAAUGAAGCAAAUGGUAUGUCCGCGUUCUUUUAGAACAAGGGUUUAUUCUGUGUGCGCGCGACAGCGUGAACGACAAGACAACGAGGUGGCGAUCAGCACCGGUGACAUCCCUAUGACACAGAAACCCAACUGA